GUUGACUAGAGGAACAGACCAGGCCGGCUGACUAACAGGGCGGGCCUUGAUGACGCCACCUGUGGGUGGGCUCGGCUGAGUUUCACUUCCCGCCACUGCUGCCGGCAGCUAGAAACAGCCAGAACGUGAGCCCGGAGCCUUCUGCUGCCUGCUAACUGGUUCAGUGGCAGGUACCUGCCUCACCAUGGGCUCCCAGGCCCUACCCCCAGGUCCCAUGCAGACCCUCAUCUUCCUGGACCUGGAGGCCACUGGCCUACCCUUCUCCCAGCCCAAAGUCACGGAGCUGUGCCUGCUGGCUGUCCACAGAUGUGCCUUGGAGAGCCCUUCUACCCCUCAGAGGCCACCUCCCACCGUGCCCCUGCCACCCCGUGUGGUGGACAAGCUCUCCCUGUGCGUGGCUCCAGGAAAGAACUGCAGCCCUGCGGCCAGCGAGAUCACAGGCCUGAACACAGCUAUGCUAGUAGCACAUGGGCGUCAACACUUCAAUGCUGACCUGGUCAACAUGCUCCAAGCUUUCCUGCAGCGCCAGCCACAGCCCUGGUGCCUGGUGGCACACAAUGGUAACCGCUAUGACUUCCCCCUACUCCAAGCGGAGCUGGCUUUUCUGGGCCUUACCAGUGCUCUGGAUGGUGCCUUCUGUGUGGACAGCAUUGCUGCCCUGAAGGCCCUGGAGAAGGCUGGCAGCCCCUCGGAGCACAGCCCAAGGAAGAGCUACAGCCUAAGCAGCAUCUAUACCCGCCUAUAUGGGCAGGCUCCACCAGACUCUCACACGGCCGAGGGCGAUGUACUAGCUCUGCUCAGCAUCUGUCAGUGGAGGCCACAGGCCCUGCUGAAGUGGGUAGAUGCUCAUGCCAAGCCCUUCAGCACCGUGCAGCCCAUGUAUGGGGUCUUAGCCUCGGCCAAAACCAAUGCAAGGCCAUAUGCUGCUAUUACCUCUGCAGCCCUGACCAGAGCCAGGGACUCCAGUCCCAGUCUUGAUGGGGGGGGCAGGAGGCCCAGGGCUCUUCUUCCAAAGGCAGGCCCUGGACCUCUACCUAGGGAGGGACUGCUGGCCCCCCUUGGCCUGCUGGCCUUCCUGACCUUGGUACUAGCUAUAUUGUAUAGGCUGUCCUUGGGCACACCUGGGUAGCAGGCCAAGAAGGAAAGUCUGAUUAAUAAAGACCCCUUAUAG